UCAUUGUCUGAACGCGGAAGCUGGACCAUGAGCCCUGGGAUGAAGAGCGAGCCUCACCCUGGAGUGCACCCUCCUUCCACUAGUAUUUGAAGAUCUCGAGACAGAAGUUUCAAAAUGAAUAGAUGAAGGCCUUCUGCCUGAAACAUUGACUCUCCUGCUCCUCGGAUGCUGCCUGACCCACUAUGUUUUUCCAGCAUUGUACUUUUUGACGUUGACUCUCCAGCAUCUGCGGUCCUCACUUUGACGUCAAUGUCUGACAGUCGCUCAAUCCAUCAGGACAGCAAAAAUUUUCAACUAUGAUUCUGUGAGAAGGAGCAAAGCUUUUUGGUUCCUGUUUGAGUACAUUUUCAGCAUCACUGGGACUGGAUGAGAGAUCCCUCUGUUGCAGCGCACUGAGUGUAGAGUGUGUAACAGCUAUACGGCUGAGAAAGAGGAAUUCACGGCAGAGAGGGCCUGGACACGUGUUUGUAUGCAGCUGAAGCUUAGGCCAUGGAGAAACCUGAGCAAUUCCGUCCUGUGGAGAAACCAUGGAAGUGUGGCAACUGUGGGAAAGGCUUUCGUGCCCCAUCUGCCCUGGAGACCCAUCAGCGCUGCCACACUGGGGAGAGGCCAUUCUCAUGCCCUGUCUGUGGGAGGGCCUUCAGCGAUUACUCUAACCUGAUGACCCACCAGCGCAUCCACACUGGGGAGAAGCCGUUCUCCUGCCCCAAGUGUGGGAAAGCCUUCAGCAAUUCCUCCGCCCUGCUCACCCACCAGCAGAUCCACAUGGGGGAGAAGUCCUUCAGCUGCCCAGAGUGCGGGAAGGCCUUCAGCAGUUCCCCCAACCUGCUGAGGCACCAGCGGGUCCACAGGGGCGAGAGACCCUUCAGCUGCCCUGAGUGCGGGAAGAGCUUUACCCAGGCCUCCACCCUGCUGACCCACCGGCGGAUCCACACCGGGGAGAGGCCCUUCAGCUGCCCUGAGUGCGGGAAGGCUUUCAGUGAUUCCUCUAACCUGCUGACCCACCGGCAGGUCCAUACGAGGGAGAGACCCUUCAGCUGCACCGAGUGCGGGAAGGCCUUCAGCAAGUCCUCUGACCUGCUCAAGCACCAGCGGAUCCACACAGGGGAGAAGCCCUUCAGCUGCCCUGAUUGUGGGAAGGCCUUCAGCAAUUCCUCCCACCUGCAGACCCACCAGCGGGUCCACACCGGGGAGAGGCCGUUCUCCUGCCCAGAGUGCGGGAAGACCUUCAGCAAUUCCUCCAACCGGCUGAAGCACCAGCGAGUCCACACGGGGGAGAGGCCCUUCAGCUGCCCUGAGUGCGGGAAGACCUUCAGCGAUUCCUCCGACCUGCUGAAGCACCAGCGGCUCCACACCGAGGAGAGGCCAUUCACCUGCUCUCAGUGCGGGAAGGGCUUCACCCGCUCCUCCCACCUCCGGCGGCACCAGCGAGUUCAUGUGCCACCGCAGGGGGAUUGAAGGAGUGACGGCUGAAUGCCAUUAUUGACUGGAGUAUCAACCCAGCUCUGGGGAUUCCUGGGUUUGAAUCCCGCUGCGGCAGAUGGUGGGAUACAGGGUAUGGGUUGAAAUUGGUAGUUGAGGCAAUACUUCCUCCGGGUUGCAGUGGAUCCAAUUACAAAGAGACGUCUUGGUACUGAGCAAUAGUAAAGAAAAUGAGGUGGGGAUGGGAUGGGGGGGAGGGAUUGGUACAUUUGUGCUUUGACCUUGAGCUGUUUCAAAAGCAGCAGUGCAGAGUCCGUCAUUUCAUCGGCAUUGUCAAGUUUACUGGGAGGUGUGGGCUGUGUUCACUCAGAACGAUGUGAAGAUGCCGGUAUUGGACUAGGGUGGAUAAAAUUAAAAAAUCUCACAACACCAGGUUAUAGUCCAACAGGCUUACCCAGAAGCACUAGCCUUCGGAGCACUGCUCCUCCACCGGGGAGCCGCAGAGCAGGAUCACAGGACAGAUUUCAUUGCAAAAGAUCAGUGUCAUGCAACUGAUAGGAUACAUUGAACAAACCGAGACUACUGUUAAGUCUUUCAUCUUUUAGAAUGGGCUGCAGGUUUUGGUUCAUUAAUAUGUAAAUCCCAGAACCACCCCCAAUUCACAUUCUCGAGAUAACUUAAGGUUUUAUUUAUUUUUUUUAAAAAAAGGACAUCUCAGCUCAGACAAUGCAUUAAAGGUGUGAGGCUCAAGUCUCUCAGUAUCCUAAUCUUGAAUCAGACUGGUUCUAUUUCUGAAGGAGGAACUUAUAAAAUAUUACUUGGAUUGAC